CAUUCGAUUUAUCAUCUGUGCACUGCCUGACAUCUUUCUUUGUGCAAUUUCUGUAGAGUCUCUCGUGAAAAAUCCCGUUAUUUCGCUUUCGUAAUUCAUCUAACAAAGGUAUUAUCUGUUCGCGAGUGUUGACCGCUACUUGUGGGACAACAAUUAAAAAUUAAAGAGCGUUUCGUGACACGGUGCUAAUAAUUUAUUUUCAUCACAAAUUUAUCGAUUUUAGUCAUCUCGUCGAGAAGAAUUGUUUUCAUGCUGUUUAUUUAUUAGUGCCGUCGGGUGACUGGCGAUCGAGCAACAAUUUUUCGGGUCACAGUCCAACCUAAGACUGAGCCGUGUCUUGGGGGAAAAGCACACCGGGCACUACGGUGGCCCCAGAUACACCGGCGCCAGCGCCCCAGCCUCCGGGGGUGCUGGAGAUGACAGGCACCGACAAUAUACGGUUUAGCGGGUCAACGCUAGACAAAGCCACCAAAGCCAAGGUCACCUUAGAGAAUUUCUACACGAACCUCAUCACACAGCAUUUGGAGAGAAAACAGAGGCUCGAGAAACUCGAAGAGUCUCUAAAAGAUGACAGCCUUACAGAGAGCCAAAAGAAAGAGAAGAGGCAACAACAUGCCCAGAAGGAGACGGAGUUCCUCAGACUCAAACGGUCCAGGCUAGGCGUCGAGGACUUUGAACCGCUAAAGGUUAUAGGACGAGGGGCAUUCGGUGAAGUGCGCUUGGUCCAAAAGAAAGACACAGGUCACGUUUACGCUAUGAAAAUACUCAGGAAAGCUGAUAUGUUGGAGAAAGAACAGGUAGCCCACGUGCGUGCAGAGCGCGAUAUAUUAGUAGAAGCAGACCAUCAAUGGGUAGUGAAAAUGUACUACAGUUUCCAAGACCCGAUGAACCUGUACCUGAUAAUGGAGUUCCUGCCGGGCGGCGAUAUGAUGACGCUGCUCAUGAAGAAGGACACGCUGAGCGAGGAGUGCGCGCAGUUCUACGUCGCCGAGACCGCGCUCGCUAUAGACAGUAUACACAAACUUGGCUUCAUACACAGGGACAUAAAACCGGACAACCUGCUACUGGACGCUCGCGGUCACAUCAAGCUCAGCGACUUUGGUCUCUGCACCGGUCUCAAGAAGAGCCAUCGCACAGACUUCUACAGAGAUCUGUCGCGAGCAACACCAUCCGAUUUCACUCUACACUUCAAUUUCUCGUAUGCAGUAUCGACGUCCUCGUCCGCGAUGGACUCGAAGCGUCGCGCGGAGUCGUGGAAGAGGAACAGACGGGCCCUCGCGUACUCGACAGUCGGCACGCCCGACUAUAUAGCGCCCGAGGUGUUCCUGCAGACCGGUUACGGGCCCCAGGCCGACUGGUGGAGUCUCGGCGUCAUUAUGUACGAGAUGUUGAUCGGAUAUCCACCAUUCUGUUCGGAGUCGCCGCAGGAGACCUAUCGUAAGGUGAUGUCGUGGCGCGAGUCGCUCACCUUCCCGCCCGAGAUCCCGAUCAGCGAGGAGGCGCGCGAGACCAUCCUGCGCUUCUGUUCCGAGCCUGAUCGCAGGUUGGGUUCUCAGCGCGGCAUCGAGGACGUGAAGUCUGUCCCGUUCUUCCGCGGCGUGGACUGGAGCCACGUGCGCGAGCGCCCCGCCGCCAUCUCCGUCGAGGUGCGCUCCAUCGACGACACGUCCAACUUCGACGACUUCCCCGACGUCAAGCUCGAAAUACCAUCAGCGCCGAUACCACAAGACGGCGAGGUGGCUUACAAAGAUUGGGUGUUCAUCAACUACACGUUCAAGCGGUUCGAGGGGCUCACCCAGCGCGGCACGCCCACCAAGAAGUGAACCCGACGCCAACUUACACUGCUUUCAGUCUAAACUGCUCCAGCCCUUACGUUACCUAGCCUUGCCAAGCAAUAUAGAUGAUAAUGUUUCGUUGGGCGGUUUAUACAAGCGCUGGAUAGCCAGAGGCUCGGACUAUCGUAGCGGCGGUAUCGGACCUUCAUAUCUUACACUAUUUAAUAUACAUUGUAAUGAAUUUAUUGUACGUACGAUAGGCAUAGACGCUAGGGUGAUCUCGUAGUGAGCGCUCGGCUCGCGCGGUGACGAGGCGGUAGUCGUAACCUCUCGGGGCUCUCGGCGUUACCUACUCGACAAGCUCGUGACCACUUCGCUGGGUAGAACUGUCCUAUGGCUUUCUGGUUCUAUGACUAUUGUAAUAAGAAAGUGCGAUUAUUUCAUAAUGUUACAUGUAAAUGAUACACCGUAAAUUUAAUGCUAUAAGUCUCGUGUGCCUACCUCUAUUUGUGCCUAUCUCUGCAUGUAAUUAGCGUCACUUUAGUCUGAAAGCAGUUUGCUCUAAUAACUGACGCAAUUGUUGGCUGCAAUCGUCGAAUUGACUGUCUUAGUUUAAAUGUAAAUGAACUCGUUUGAUGACGAACUAAUGCUGCGAGCCUUGCUUACUAAACACGUGGCCGGUGUUAUAUCGACCGACUACAUGACGUGAUAUCAAAUGGAAAAUUCGAUGGAAUAGCUUCGCUUUACAAAGUUGCCUUCUCACGGAAACUAGGAUAAUCUACUAUAAAAUACUCUUCAUAUGGUUCAGUGUUCGUUCACAGUUGCGUGUGUUCGUUCAAUCGCGUUUGUGUUAACUCAUAUUACUGGAUCGUUAUAAAAAACUACUCGCUGUCUUCAAUGUAUAUACUGUUCUCAAAUGUCUCUUACUAAAUUAAUAAAUGAAUCGAAAUUUCCAUUUGAUUAUCGAACAUUCGAUAUAUCCACACCUGUUUCGCUUCUCUCAGUCUCCAAGAUAGGCGAUGAAAAUAGUACUGCAUUAAGGAUUAAGUAUUUUAAAUUUACUACUUUUCGAAAUCAAAAAAUCGACGGCUAAAUUAUUUGGUGUUACAAUUGUACAGAGCGUAGGUCUAGACUGACAUUGGAUAUUGAUAUUUUUAAAGUUAUAGUAUUAUAGAAACCAAAUAAUAAAUAUGAAAAGUACGUUUAAACAAGAGUGCUCUAUUGUGUUCAAUGUUUUGGGUGUUAUGGUGAACAGUUAUCAUGAUUUGGUGACAUUUCGAUUUAUUCAUUGAACACUCAUUGUCUUUCUGCCUCAAGCCAAUAGUAUUUAUGCACUUUAUUGCCUAAUUCGGUAAAUGCACUGUUUAUCGAUGUCGAUACGAACUGAGUCCCUUGUAAUAUAUUAGGGGUUAUGGUGUUACUCAUCGACUAACACGUAUCGCGUGGCUUUACCCGCUUCCUGACGUAACUUACAUAGCAUACAUGAAAUUAUCAUUAUAUGAAUUAUAUUUUGCACAUCUUUGUGAUUUUGUUGUAAUCGACCUGUUUUAUAACUUCGUUGUCCUGUGUGUAAAUUACCAGAUUAGGGUAUGGUUAAAUGAACUGUGACGUGUUUUAUUGAACUGGUUUUACGUUAGUGUUAUUACGUUGUUCGUAUGUGUUUGCCGAUGAUUUAACAGUUGUAGGCUUCGAUGUAGGUGUAUCGUAGGGUGUGCCCAGUCAAGCGCCCGCCGCUCGACAUAGCGAUUAAUAUUUCAGUUAGUGUUCUGAUAACUACUGUCUUAGGUGUUAUGGUGUACAGUGUUGUUUACUGUAUUAUGUUUUCACAAUUUAAUUAUGUUUAAUUUAUGAUGGCCGCGCUGACGACUUAUGAAGACGUCGAUGUUGGUGACGAAUUUAAUGUUUUUAUUGUUGUAUGCAGUGACGUCAUACCUCAUGCCUUGCCCGCUGGCCGCGAGUGCCUCUGUCCCUGUCACUCACACGACACACCGCACUCACGUUACACUCACAAUACAACUGUUCGGGACAACACCAUUCUCCUUUCUAUAUUCUGCUCUGUUUUAAAUGUAACUAUUUAAAUAAAUACUGCUGUAAAGCUGCAAUAUUUACAAUAGACUUCCUAGUUCGUAAACAUUAACGUUAAUUAAGUAAUGCGCUUUUACGUAGGUCCCCGGGGCUGUGGGAGGUGGACCUCUCGGCACCUCACAAACUAUUGACUAUACAUCACGAUAUCAUCUACAGCUUAUAUUUUUGGCAACUCUCUUCUUCUUUAUAACUUUACACUUCUUAAAUGACUCCGUCGAUAGAUAUACAUUAUAUUUUGUAAUCGUUUCCCACGGUCAGUCAGGAAUGCUCGCCUCUCUCAUUAAGAUAUCCAGUUAGCGGAAAAUGUGAAUAUUUAUUUAUAUUUUAUACAAAUAAUAUUGAAAAGUAUAUCAAGAACCGCGUUCAAUUCAUUCGCAAUAGAAUUCCGUCCAAAAUUAUGUUACUAUAUUAUAUCUAAAUGUAUUUUACCAAAAUAUUACAAUAUAUUUACCGUUUGACUCGUGACGUCAUAUUUAUUACGUAAAGACCUCGAGACCUUUUUGAAGCGUUUUGAUUUGGUGUCGCAGUCACCAGGCUCGUUUUGGCUUGAAUCGAAAGCACUGCCAACUUGCAACUAAUCUUAUGAAUGGAAUGAUGCAAGCGAAAUUAGCUUUUUACAAGAGAGGAAGGCAUCCCUGAUACGCGCUCUAUUCGUACACAUACACGUUAAUUUAGUUCGCGUGGAGAAACACAUCCGUAUGUUCUGCGGCAUGGUCUUGCCUCGAGCCCACAUUUUAGAACGAUUAUUGUUUUUAUUUAAAAUUAUUUGAAAUGAAUUAAUUGACUUAUCGAGAAUAUUUCUUUUAUUUUUAAUAUAAAUAAAAUAAAAUUAUAUUGAUGUCAAUUAUUGAGUUAGUGGUGAUACGGAAACAAAUAAAAUUAAGACAUGUUAUUGGAAUUUACAAAUUGAUUUCUCACUUAUUUUUAACCAUUUAAUAGUGUGAUUAUAUUAUAAUUUGUUUGUAUACUAUUAUUUAUUGUUUAUCAACUUCAUUAAUGGAUGUGUUUCUACACCAGUAGCACAAGCAAUACACAAUGAUUUAUUAGAUCCACGUAGGAACAUUUUAUUAAUUCAUAAACUAACAAACUUGAACACAUAGAGGAGAUUCUGUAAUAUAUUAUUAAUAGUUAAGAUUGGGAGCUCCUCGACUACACCUCGCUGUUUGACUUCCACACGUUGAUCGUGGCUUGCUAACUAAAACAUAUGAAAUAAGACAAACAUACGAUAUACAAUAAUCAUUCAUCUGACGGUGAACAAGUAGCGUAACCUUACUGGUAUAUUUUCAGAAAUGUACCAGCGAGAUUUAGUAAUACUUGAAAAGUCAUCACAAGCAAUGUUAAUGCGUGGUAAUCGUGAAUGAAGCCGCGCAUACAACCUUGUCGCACUCACACGAGACACUGACCACCCUCACACAUAUACGUAAGUCACCUCGACGCACGUGACGUCAUAGUUAGGAAGCUUCCAGUAACGGUACUCUCUCAUACUAGCGACUACUCGUACCGAAAGUGAUAGGUUAAAGAAUAGAUGUAUUUUUGUGUCUGUUUAAUACCAUUAGAACUUCCCGUCUACAGCGGCACGAUCUAUCUAUUUUCAUGUAAGACUAUGCGGGACAUCCCACGGCUAUCUAUAGUUCACACUAAUAGUACUAAGGAAAUAAAUGAAACUGAAAAUAAAUAUCCUAUAAUAUUUUUGCACUAACAUAGGCAUCACAUUAUAAUUCUCAUUACGUAAUAUAGACUUGUACAAACUGACAAAUUCUCUUUUAUAGAUUAUAAAAUAGUACAUUUAGUUGCACGUACAUUUGUGUUGGCGUUGUUCGCGUGGGGCGAGCAGCGCGGCCGGCUUGCGCGCUUCGACCGCCGGUCGACAGUAGGCGCUUUGUGCUUAGUUAUGAUUUACGCGGAACUAACCUUCUCUCUGAUGAACAGUACAACAAACUAUCCAAGCUCUUCUGUGAAGCGUCUGUUCAUUAUUAUAGGGCUACAAUUUGUUAUAUUUAUGGUAUCAUCUAUCUCCGUACAGUGACGGUAGCAAUAGUACGUUUGUUCGGGUCUGGAGAGCUCUCCUCCGCAAACUACUCGUCUUACGGAAUGCAAUGUAACGUCAGUUAACCUUGUGCUUAGCAAAGUACUAAUAUGACAAGUUUGGUGUUGUAUAAUUUUAAUGUUAGCGAUUUGUGUAUUAUUUUCUAAAACUAAAAUGAUGUAAAUUUAGUAAACACGUUGUCUGCGGCGUCGCCGGGACCGUGCAGCCCGACCGCCGCAAGCAGCGUGUGUAGCGACAAUUGAUGAGGGCUGUUCGAACGGGCGCGACUCUCGGCGCCACAGCGAUCACUCGACUAUGUUACAUUUUGAUCUGCAGCGGCGUGGGAAGUCGUCAGGGCUUUAAGUCACGCUCACUCAUAUCACACAUUAUGGAAUGCUUCAGCGCCGCAGUUGUUGCCGCGCUGCAGAUCAAAAGGCAAUCAUUGUCAGACGUACGUAUCGAUUUACGAUUGUACAACAACUUACGACGACCCGUAAGUAAGCCGAAACAUUGCCAGGCACCAGAGCUAAGCAAUACUAACAACAUCAAUGUAAUUGAUGCGUUUCACCUAGUUUUAUCAACGUCAUGUCUAAAAUGUGUUGUUUCUUAGAGAGUUGCUCACAAUUGCCAAAAAAUAUUCUGUCAAUUAAUUGGACAUAUUUAUCUCGGUUCGGUUCAUUGUGCUUACGUACGUGUUUUACACAUUAUGUUUUACUUGAAUGUAUUAAGGUUUCACAUAUGCAUAGAGGCUAUAAGUAAGCGAGUCUCAGAGACUUGGAUGUAAAGAUACAGUGCGCACCGUUCACACGAAUAGCCCAAUAGUGAUGUAGUGUUAACUCCAUUUAAUUUAGUUCAAUUAUUUGUUUUUGUCAAUAAUUUCAUUAUUAAUUUAAAUGUAAUUUUAUUUUAUUAUUAUUUUUGUCAAUUGAUAUUCACACAAGAUUCACAAUCGAGAACUACGUCGGUUCACACAGUUACGCUAAAUGAAGCUUCGUCCAUUUGUUUAUAUUUCGAUCAAGUGACUACAUCAUUGUUAAUGGGCGUCUUGAAUAUCAUCAUUGUAGUAUUGUAACGGAUCUAUCUCAUCUGAUGUCGACAGAUAUGUUAAAUGUCUUUAUUUAGCGGUAAUUUGAUGUAAGCCGAACAAUAUCGUUAAUUCUUACAAUUGCAUACAAAUAUGUGAUGUAUUAUAUAUUUUUGAGUCAAUAAAUGCAAUUUCGUUAUGAUAUGCAAUGUGUUAGUGGGAAUGCUAUUGUACGGACACGUGUUAUGUAUUUGAAACGUGGACAUUGGGAUCGCAUGACAGCCUCGUGUCGCGUGCGAUUACUUUUUACGCAAUAAGUAGUCUGUUGGGCACGUGUGCUUACGUAACGAUUGCAAAUUUCAAGUAAAUGACACGUGUACGUAUCCUCUCACUAAAAGUACGGCAUAAAAUUGACAGAUAAGUAUAACAAAUGCAUAAGUUCUAUCAAAAAAUGUUGUUUAAUUGAUGUGAAAUAAAUCAUAGCUACCCCUUUUGUUGUUAUUCGAAAUGACGAUGAUGAAAAAUGAUUAUGAAUUAUUUAAUUUUUAAAUUGUAAGUUUGAAAGUAUGUAUUUUGUUUAAUACUUUUAUUGUUUCUUCCAUGUGAUUUAAGAAAGUGGCAAUACGAUUAAGCAUUAAAGCGAUAUGAACUUUGA